GCGGAUUCGUCUUCCUGAGCGGAUAAUGCUAACAGUUACCUUCAUCAGGCAUGGGGAGUCAACAGACAACUCGAAACCAGUCUGGGCAGGGUGGGCGGAUGCGCCACUGACCAACCACGGCAUGAAUCAAGCUCGGGCCUUGGCAAAGGCAUUCUCAGAUAUCCCUCUGACUGCCAUUUACGCCUCCCCUCUGAAGCGUGCGUUACUCACGGCGCAAACACUUCACGCGACCCAAUCAAUGCCCCUGCCGCCGCUUACCAUCCUGCCCGACCUCCGAGAACAAAACUUUGGCAUAGCGGAAGGGAAACAAGGGUGCUUGAAGGGCCCAGAGAACAUGACCAAGGAGGAGAUGUACGCCGCGAACAUAUUCCCUCUCCUACGCGGUCGGGCGGACAAAUUUCCUGAAGGCGAGAGCGAAGAUGACGUGGCCAUUCGCGCAGAGCGAGUGCUGCAAGAGUGCAUUAUGCCCUUUGUAUGGAAGGCGGCCCGUUCGGGCGUGUGGGGCGACCACAUCGCCAUUGUCAGUCAUGGCCUUUGCAUCAGCGAGCUGAUUGCUGCCCUCGCGAGGAAGAACGCGGAGAAGCGACCUGAACGCUCAUACAAGGGCAUGUUGAAUACCGGCUGGACAAGUGUUGUCGUGAACAUAAAGGGCGGCAAAGAGGGUGAAGUCAUGAAUUUUACCGACAGCAAUCCGCCACCUCUGCUUGUCCGCGUUGCCCGCAUCAACCAGCACGAGCAUAUCCGCGACAUGAUCCGCCAAAAAGAUGGUAGUGAAGCUUACGACGCCCAAGCAGAAACCACUCCUCUGAGGCGGAGAAGCAUCAACUGGUAACGUCACAGAACUUGUUAAGUUAUAGAGCUGCGAAGGCAGCCACCACAGCUACAGGAUUCAAGGAGGAUCAACAUGUCGGGCCUAUGACUGCUGUUUUCAGUCAUUGUGUUCUAUUUCAUGAGGGCAUAGAAUGGGAUUCUAAAACCUCCCUUCAUACGGAUGAGCGUUCUCUAUAUUAGUGUCUGAAAAC